CAGUUAGUUUCAAGAACUUCAGCCACAAGUCCGUCUGAGUCAUUUCAAACUUCAAGAACAGAAAGCAAGAGGUUUUGUGCUACUGUCUCUUUCAGGUAAGUUUACUUUUAAACAUGUACAUCUUUUUCAUUCAAAAAUCAGAUAGUUCUCUGCACAAAAAAAACAAAAAGAUCUAACUAACAUAACCACUUGUUAUGGACAACUGCUGCAACAGCGAAAUAUACUAUUCAAUUAUUGAUUUAUCACUUUGCAGCUGAAUAUUUGAAUUAUAAAUAUUUAAUACAUUAAUAUGGAAUGGUUACUGUUAUGUUGAAUGGACAAACAUGAAUAUUUCACAUUACACAGUAUAGUCAACAUUUACGAGGUGCAACAAUUUAUCUAUACAGAACAGUUAUAUUUCUAGACGUGUUCUGCAUUGCUAUCAAUAAACGAAAAAUGUUUAGGAUUACAACUUGACACUAUACAAAAAUCUGUUUGCUGAGUUUUUAGAAGUGAUUGUCUUUACUAAUGAAAAGUUUAAAUUAAGCAUAUAUUGAUUCUUCCCUGCUAUUUGCAAAAUGUUUUUUUUUUGUAUGUAUUUUUCCUAUACUUCUGAGCCUAUUACAUAUACUUCUAUAUACAUCUUUACACAUAGUUACAUAUAAGGUAACAUGCUUCAUCAGCAUGGACCUAGCUCUUUGCAGCCACAUUUAGUCAUAAGUACCUCUGGGGCCCUCUAGGUGCAAGGAAUUAAUAUAUAUCUCUGCAAUAAAGUUUGGGGCUCAGAAAUCGUUACCUUACCCAAAUAACCAAAUAGACGUCAUUUCAUAACCACGUAAAUUACAGGCUGUAAGCUCUAUCUGGUGUAUUUAUGAACUAACUCUGUUAGAUUAACCCUGAGAGUGUCAGGUAGGUGAGCAAUGUAACGGCAAUUGCAUAGAAAGUUUCAAACAACAGACGGUUAUCUCUGUUUAAUCUGACGUGGUAGUAUGCUGCUGUUAAAAUCAUUAUUGAAAAUGUAAAAGAAUAUCAAUAAAUAAUAUAGAGCGUAACAUUUGCUACAGAAGUGGUCCCUAACCCAUUCCUCAAAGAACACCAAUGGUUCAGGAUUUAGGUGAAUCUCAGUAUAAAUAUUUCUAUAGGAAUACUGGCAAAUCCUGGUCUAUUGGACUGGGUAGGAAAUCUUUUUUUAUAGAGAUUACUUUUUAGCUGUUAAGCCAUUUUUGUGAUGUUCUUUUGCUGUAAACACAUUUAAAGCACUGCCAUUCAAGAAUUGGCAAGUUGUUAUGAAAGCUCUGAAAAAUAGAAUUAAAACUAAUGUAAAACGUAUAGUGUAACAACCGUCUGAAAAGAGAAUACAUGCUUUAACUCUCAAGUGACAUGUGAGCAGCAAUGCCAGGUAUUUGUCACUUCCAUUGUCUAUUGCUGGGUUUUGAUUACACAUAUUUCUAAUGGAUCAUAUCAAUAUUUAUCUAGAACUGUCUGUUUAUAUAUAUACUUCUAAUUGUUUUAAUUAAAUAAGUCAUUAAUGUUCUUUGCAGAUUACAAAAAUCCACGCAGAUUCAUCUAGUGAUCUGAUGCUGAGAAUGGACACAACUAAUGAGACAAUGGCAAGGGUAGAUGAAAACUCGGCGCCGGAUGUGACACAACAGUCCAGCGAUGGACAAAGCACUGAAUACCUCUACAUCUUAAUAGUCAUGUCUUUCUAUGGUAUAUUCCUGAUGGGAAUCAUGCUGGUGUACAUGAGAUCCAAAAGAAGGGAGAAGGAGUCCAAUCUAUUGAUGCUCUACAAGGACGAGGAGUGGCAGUGGAUGGAAACCAGAAAGAGCACACCAAUCUUGUCUGUGCCUAAGUCCUUUCAGAAUUCUACCAUACUCAAUGUUCUCCAGGAAAGUGUGGUUCCAGCCCUGUCUUGUUCUUCUUGCCAAAUAGAAGGGAGCAGCUUGAGUUCAGAGUCAUCAUGCUCUGAUGUACCCUUCACCAUAAAAGAGGAAGUUACAGAAAGUCUUCUUCAAGAGGGACAUGAGCCUGAAGAUAAAGCGGAGAAGAGGCAGAUUUCCUAGCGAUGCUGAGAUCAAGGAAAUUAAUUGGUUUAUGAAUCUUUAGGCUCUGUGUACAUGAGGCAGUAAACCUGUCUUGUAGAGCCAAGUUGGCAGAGAGUUCCUUCUACUGAGGGAAAGUGCAACUGCAGAGAACACUCAACCGUGUGAGUGUGUAAUGGCUUAAAGCAGUGUUCACUCAGUUUGAACAGAACUGAAACAUCUUCAAGUGUUUGACAACACAUAAUAGACUUGGCCUGGUCUGCAAAAAGUGACAGGUGAUACCCUGUUUAGGGUCCCCAGUGGGACAUUUAUACCAUGUAUGAGUGAGGAUGUCAUACAACGGAACUGAGCAAUGGGAAAAAAAAGUUUGUUAAAAUAUAUUAUUUAUGUGCAUAAGGUCACUUUCCAAUAAGUUUGGACUAUAGUAAUAUCUAACCAUAUUAAGGUUUGAUGCUAUUGUCUCUGGAGCUUGCAGAAGAUGGGAGAACUAGAUCACUCACAGCUGUUAUAGAGUCACGGAAAGUGAAAAGAACGAAGUUACUCUGUAUUUUUAGUUCCUUGCUCAGUGCUUGGCUUUGUUUUAUGCUCAAAGUAAUAAUACGUGAUCCUGGUGUGGAAAGAUUUCAAGUCACAGAUUAUAAUCAACAAAUUCUACAGCUUCUUGGCAUGAUUCGCUAUCUAAGGAUUGUAAUGUUCCCAUAAAAAAUGUUUGGAUGAUAUAUCAGAAGGCCCAUCGGAACCUUUCAUGUCUUCUGAGAACUGGAACGAAGUGUAAAGCUGGGGCAAAGUUCUAAAAGUGUAGCAUUUUACAGGAAUUUUCCAUUGGUUUCCAUGGUAAUUUCUCUGCUUUUAGAACACUGCACUUCAAUUUUUCUCCAUUAAUAAACCCAAUGAAUUAAUUAAUUCAUGUAGACAAUUGCACCUUGAUGACUCCCCUAUCCUGAGACCAGAAUCAAAAUUAAAUAUAUCAUAUGACCUAUUCCUAGAUAUUCAAGCAUAAUUCUCAAUCUUUAAGAAUAUGAGCAGAGAUAAUACCACUCGAUGAAUCUGUAAAGAGGAAGUCAGUACAUAGAUGCUACAAAUUCCAAAUGAUUCUGCACCAGGAUUAUAAAAUAAUAAAAAAGUGACUUUAACUUGGGAUGACAUUUAAUUUUAACAUAGUAACAAAAGUAGGCUGACAUUGUAAGCAUUAGAUCAUCUAUUGAAAUUUUAUUUUGCCUGUUGAAAUAUAAAUUAUUCUGCAUGUAAAAUUAACCAAGUUUACAAAAAUAUCCAGACAAGUUUACAGAAAAUCCAAUUCGCUUGCAGUGACCACGUAAUAGCCAUUAGAAAUCCAGUCAUUUACAUUAUAUUUUUUAUAAAGAGGAUGCAUUAUCUGCAAAUCUUAUUAAAUCUUGAUUUAAUAUUUUUUUAUAACACUUUUUAAAUGAGUUAAAUGAUUUAUUAUUAUGACAAAAAUUUUGAAGAUUUUCAUAUUUUUUGACAAAUUGAUAUUUUCAUAUAUGAUGUAUUUUUUUUGUCGUUUAAAAAUGUUGAAAAAAAAUCAUUUUAAAAGUUGAUCCAAAAAUAUUAAAUCAUUUGAAAUCAUUUGAAAAGUUUAUUCAAAAAGUAUUCUAAAGCCUAUCUUGGGGGAAGGUUGAAACGUCAUAGCUGCAAUUCAAGGACAGAGUGUAUGGAAAAUUUCCUCCCCAGCGUACAAAUUACACAGCUUCUAGAUAACAGACAAAAAAAAAAUAUCUGCAACCUCUCCAAAUGAAUGUUUUCAAAGCAAAGUACAAAACUAUUAGUCUGGCAAAAAUGCUCGAGACAGUGGGAUCCAUGCAAUAGUUUUACUUACUCAAAAUCUUUGGUAAUAACCUUUCGCAUAUCUGACUAUUUAGACAAAAACUUUACAGCUGCAGGCAUACCGCAAAUCACGGUUUAGUGAAUAGAUAGAUAUAUUUGUGUUACCGGCAUGAGCUGUAUGUGUAUAUGAGCAUUCCUCAAUUUUACACAUAAAACCCCAUCAAAAACCAUUUCCAACAGUUCCAUUCAAACAGUGAAAGACCUACAACACUUAUCCAAUGAGUACAAACUAGAUUAGUAAAUGUGUGUAAUGUCAUCUUGCUUUCAACAUUAAUGUGUUUUGUAUGAGUUGUCUUUUGUGUUUUUGUGCGUUUUUUUUUUGUUUUUUUAAAUAAGUGACAUGAUGGGGGUUCUGUUUGUCCCAAAUUAUAAGUAAUUGUGUGACAUAUUACUUAUUCAUCCCAUUGCAGCUACAGUUCCACAUCUCAAAAUGGUGUGUACAAGUAUUUUCUUCUAGUAGUAUGUUAGAUAUGUGUAAAUUGAGCAUGUACAUAUAUUUGUUAUUUAAAU